GCGCGCUCGCACGCGCCGAACGCACGCGCGCGCGAGUGCAACGCUCGCGACUCGCACAAUGACCGCCGCUCGCGCCGCCGCGGCGCCGAUGGCGCUCGCGCGGCCGAUGGAGACGCGCCGCCGCCGCUCGCCGAAAUCGUCGUCGUCGCGCGUCGUCGCGAGAGCGGUCUCCGCCCCCCCCGCGACGACCGAGAUCAAGCGCGUCUUCACCUUCGGCGGCGGCGAAGCGGACGGGAACGCCUCCAUGAAGACCCUGCUCGGCGGCAAAGGCGCGAACCUCGCGGAGAUGUCCUCCAUCGGCCUCUCCGUCCCCGCCGGGUUCACGGUCACGACGGAAACGUGUAAAGCGUUCCACGAGAACGGCGCGAAGCUUCCCGACGGAUGCUGGGAGGAGAUGCUCGCGGGCCUCGAACAGAUCGAGACGCGCAUGGGAUCCAAGCUCGGCGACCCGUCCAACCCGCUGCUUCUCUCCGUGCGUUCCGGCGCCGCGGUCUCGAUGCCCGGGAUGAUGGACACGGUGCUCAACCUCGGGUUAAACGACGUCGUCGUCGAGGGGCUCGCGGAGAAGGCUGGGGAGAAGUUCGCGUUCGACUCGUACCGCCGCUUCCUGGACAUGUACGGCGACGUCGUCAUGGGCGUCGAGCACGCGCUCUUCGAGCGCGAGAUCGCGUCGCUGAAGCGCGAGUGCGGCGUCGUGAACGACAACGAUCUCAACGCGGUUCAACUGCGCGAGCUCGUGAAGAGGUACGAGCGCGUGUACGAGACCGCGGGCGUGACGUUCCCGCAAGAGCCGCUCGAGCAGAUGAGGCUCGCCGCGUACGCGGUGUUCGACAGCUGGAACAGCGACCGCGCGAAGAAGUACAUGGCCAUCAACGGCAUCGUCGGGCUGGAGGGCACCGCGGUGAACGUCCAGGCGAUGGUGUUCGGGAACAUGGGAGACACCAGCGGCACGGGCGUGUGCUUCACGCGGAACCCGAGCACGGGCGAGAACCUUCUGUACGGCGAGUACCUCGUCAACGCGCAGGGGGAGGACGUCGUCGCGGGGAUUCGAACGCCGGAGGACAUCCUCACGAUGAAGAACGCGCUCCCGGAGGCGUACGACGACCUGGUUCGAAACACGCAGCUCCUCGAGAAGCACUACAAAGACAUGCAAGACAUCGAGUUCACGGUCCAGGAGGGCAAGCUGUACAUGUUGCAGACGCGGAGCGGGAAGCGCACCGGCGCCGGCGCGGUGAAGAUCGCGGUCGACCUCGUCGAGGCCGGGAUGAUCGACAGAGCGACCGCGGUGACGCUCGUGGAGCCGACGCACGUGGAUCAGCUGCUUCACCCGCAGUUCAAGGACGAGGCUGGGUACGCCGCGGACGUCAUCGGCGUCGGCCUUCCCGCGUCGCCCGGCGCGGCGGUCGGGCAAGUCGUCUUCGACACGCCCACCGCGGAAGAUUUACACGCGCGAGGGAAAAAGUGCAUUCUCGUCCGCGUGGAGACGUCGCCGGAGGACGUCGGCGGGAUGAACGCCGCGGAGGGAAUCCUCACCGCGCGCGGCGGGAUGACCUCGCACGCCGCCGUCGUCGCGCGCGGGUGGGGAAAGACGUGCGUGUCCGGAUGCAGCGAGCUCGUCGUCGACGAAGAGAACCGGUGGCUGUCGUUGGGCGGCGUCAAGCUCCACGAGGGCGACUGGCUGUCGCUGAACGGCACGACCGGCGAGGUCAUCCGCGGCGAGGCGGAGCUCGCGCCGCCCGCGAUCGGCGGCGACCUCGACGUCUUCAUGUCCUGGGUGGACGAGUUUAGGACGCUGCGCGUGCUCGCCAACGCGGACACGCCGGAGGACGCGACGACGGCACGCGUCAACGGCGCGGAGGGCGUAGGGCUCGUGCGCACCGAGCACAUGUUCUUCGGCACGGGCGAGCGCAUACGCACCGUGCGACGGAUGAUCAUGGCGACGUUGACGAGCGAUCGCCAGGCGGCGCUGGACGAUCUGUUGCCGUUCCAGAGGGGCGACUUUGACGGGAUCUUUCGCGCGAUGGACGGAAUGCCGGUCACGAUUCGGCUGCUCGAUCCGCCGCUGCACGAGUUUCUUCCAGACGGCGAGCUCGACGAGAUCGUCGCUCUGCUCGCCGCGGACACGGGCGCGGACGAGGACGAGGUCGUCGAGCGAAUCGAGAAGCUCGCGGAGAUAAACCCGAUGCUCGGCUUCCGCGGGUGCAGGCUCGCGAUCACGUAUCCGGAGAUUGGUCGGAUGCAAGCGCGGGCGAUUUUCGAAGCCGCGUGCGCGGCGCAGAAAGACGGCGUGGUUGUCAAACCGGACAUCAUGGUCCCGCUCGUCGGGACCGUCGCGGAGCUUCAGAACCAGACGCGAAUGAUUCGCGAGAUCGCGGCGACGGUGUUCGAGGAGACGGGCGUGACCGUGGAGUACCGCGUCGGGACGAUGAUUGAGAUUCCGCGCGCGGCGUUGCUCUCGGAUCAAAUCGCUGGCGAAGGCGGCGCCGAGUUUUUCUCGUUCGGGACGAACGACCUGACGCAGAUGACGUUCGGGUACUCGCGAGACGACGUCUCGAAGUUCCUUCCCACGUACCUCGAGAAGGGCAUCCUGAAGCACGAUCCGUUCCAGGUCUUAGACCAAGAGGGCGUCGGUUCGCUGAUCGAGAUGAGCGUGAACAAAGGCCGAGGCGCGAACCCGAAUCUGAAGGUUGGCAUCUGCGGCGAGCACGGCGGCGACCCGGCGUCCGUGGAGUUUUUCCACGAGAAAGGGCUGGACUACGUCUCGUGCUCGCCGUUCCGCGUUCCCAUCGCGCGUCUCGCCGCGGCGCAGGCGGCGCUCAAGGCGGCGAAGGAGAAGUGACACGCUCCGAGCGCGCGGCUCAUUCUUUUGACGGGGCGGGGGGGAUUAACACGACUGUUAUUGUGAAUACAACCACGACGUCGUCGUUCGCGCGAAUCAUUC